AUGCUCAGCGAUGCAUCCAAAGAAGUGAAAGUUGGACUUCGCCGAAGGUCCAACCCCUGCUCAAUUCCUCACCUCGGCCGAGCACCCGAACCAAUGAAGAUCAUCCUAUGUACGAAGAAGCCAGCAUUUGGAUGCUCGGUACGAAUUGGGAAACUUAGGGAUGACGGUGCUCUCAAAAUCUCCUAUUAUGGAGUGACUCAUAUACUGCUUAGUGCAUCAUAUGGGCGAAACUUCAGAGUGGCGAUUUCCCCAUUUACAUCUCAAAGACUGUCUAAAAGUGAAAACGCGAUUUUUCGUGUUUUGAAGCAGAAUUGGGCAUCAGGUGAUAACGGGUACCAGGCGGUGAAGGACGGUGAGUUAUCAGACGAGUUACAGAAAAAUCCACUUUCAUCCUCCGGAUCCAUUACCGGACGAUAUGGCGCUAUAACUCGUAGGGAAGCGGUCAGGAAGGCGGACAGUAUUUUAGAUCUUAGGGGUUUGAUGUCAUUCUGCGGCCGACAGGAUCCGGCCGCACUGGGAUAUGAGCAGACUUGCAGCAUGACUCCCCCGAUUGCCGGUGAUAUCGUUCAGGAGCAGAAUCGACAGCUUGAGCUCCAGGCGCGGGUAGAUUUGCAUAGCCGGAAACUAGCACAUAACUUCCAACAAGGCCGGCCCAAAGCAACCAGCCAGGCGUACGGAAGGCCACAGAAAGAAUGGAGAACCUGGUGUCAAAAGCAGGGAUUUCAGGACGGUGAGCUUAUUACAGAGGGAAAGAUGUUGUUGUUCCUGAAGUUGUCCUUCACCAUCCGAUCCGGUCUCGCUAUCCUAUCUUCUCAUAACAUGCUUCUGCGAGGACAAGAUAGACGGGGGCUUCAAUUCCCAGAUCUAUUCACUAUUCGGAUAGAGGAAAGGCCAACUCCUUGUUGGCCCAUGAUUAUGAUGAAAUUCCAUGGUAAAAUCAACCAGUUCGGACGGAUUGAGUAUAUGGGUGUUAUGCGACACAGAGAGCCUUUGCUCUGUACGAUUGGUCAAGCAGCAUUCUAUCUAUUCUAUCGGUGGGAGAUCAUGCAGGAGCCAAUUCCCCAAUUCUAUCAACGGCAACAGUGGUACGAUUGGCACUUUUUUAAAGGCUCCAAGGUCACCAAGCCCCUAUCUUAUGAGAUUCAGCUGGAUUGGACCAGUAGGGUGUUCAAAGGUGUUGGGUUGUCGAUCAACAAAAAGUCUCAUUCCGGACGAUCAGGGGGAGCUCGCCUUGCUGAAUUGAGUGGUGUAGAUGAGAAUUCGAUACGAAGAGCAAGCCAUUGGAAUCAAGAUAGUAUGAGCAACCGCUAUCUUUCUGAAUUGCCUCGGCCUUUUCUUCAUAGGUUGGCUGGCUUCAACCCUACAGAUCAAGGGAAUUACUAUCUCCCUAGAGCUACAGUAUCGCCCCCGGAAAGCCUCGUACGAGCCCUCUGGCCAUGGGUCGAUACAUGGCUAACUUGGUUCCGAAUACAUGACUCCUCUGUACAGAAUAUAGAUUUAGCACUGGAACUACCUUCUCCACCGCCUCUGAUACAAGAGGGAAGCCAAAAGUAUGACCAAGAAGAUCUGGCAGCUCAAGGAUUCUUGAAACUCCUUCAACAGUUCCGUACGGUCAUCCUUCAAGAUUCGGCCCAGUCAGCAUCUUUAGUUCAGUCAACAGAGAUGCCUUCAUAUCAGCUCUCUCGUACGAUAACCACCGUACGAGAGCUCUGGGAAGAAUGGUUUGUUGGCUUGAAUGGCCACCCAUCUGUUCAAUCUCUUGAGAGUGAGUAUGGGACAUCAUGGAGAUCUGAGCCCAAGGAACGUGUUAUGUUUGGAAGAAGAAAGCUUAUUAUCGAUGAGAUUCUUGCUCGUACGAAAGAUGGAACCUCACUGAGCAAAGCUGUUGAAAUCGAAAAGCUCAUGAUCUGCGCUGUCAAAGUUACUGAAGAAAGCUCGUUUUUGAUUUUUUCUAUAGAAAGAAUUGAAGCUAUUCGUACGAAUGUGUGCCUAAGUCAUCUAUUAUCGCCUAGUCACCGGAUCUAUGAUAAACUCUUGAGAGAUGGAAGCAAGGAAUUCUCUAUGAACUCAAAUUCCAUCGGCAUCCCUCAUCGUCUACGUGAUCCUCACAUAUUAUGGGCCUUGAAUAUCAUUCACACCAGGUUCCCUUCUCGUGAUGGUAACCGCACCUUUUUUUGA